CUCUAGCAUCCCAUAGAAAUGCGGACGAUUCGCAAGUGUUGGUACCCCUCCUCGUAGAAGAUUGGCAGGCCUGUGUAUCAGCUGAUGUAAACAAAGCGCCAUUUUCAAACAGUUCAUGCUGGAGUGUACACGCUUCUCGCAGCUCAACACCACCAUGGCUACCAGGGACCUAAAAGGCACACCACUCUCUUACGCCCAGAAGUUGUAUCUCGUGAGACAAAUUAGAGAUCACCCUGUGGUACACACGAAACCUUCAAACUACACUAGUAUACUGGAGAGAAAAGCCGCGUGGGAGACAAUAACUAAGAACUUCAAUGUAUGUUUCUCCACGGCGGAGCCCAAGAAUACUCAUCAGCUGAAGAAGACUUGGGAGUACUUAAAGAAUAAAGUGAAGAAGGAUCACAGCAGGUACAUCCGGGAAACCCAUCAGACUGGUGGUGGGCCACCACCAGCCCCACCAAAACCAGCUGAUGAGGUAACGCUGAUUGUACAGCUGAUCCUUAAUAAUAGGCUGCCAGUACCUGACGACAUCUUUGAUAGUGAAUUUGUAGAAGCAUGCGUACUGGCCCGACUCAAUUCCACAGCACUGGAAUGUGCCCCACAACCGACACUCCUGCCCCAAUACCACGACGAUGAACAAUUACACAUUUUUGUUAACCUUACCUAA